GUUGAGGAAGGGAAAGAGACCACGCAGACGGAGUUUGAAGAGGAGGAUAUACCCCUAGGGAACGAUGAAAACUCCUGGUAUGGAGUCUACUUCUGUACUCGGCCUGGGUGUGACAUAUUGUUUUCCACACCUGGCGCUAGGAGGAAGCAUUUCAGGACCCAUUGCACACCUGUGAUCUGUCCGGUAUGCCCGAAGCGAAUGGCCUGGCAGAGAGAUAUGAGGAAACACUACGAUACUCAUUUCAAGCGGCCGCGUUACCAGUGCCGGUGUGGAAAGGAUUACUCCAAAAUGGAUAAUCUGAACAAGCACAUCAAGUCCAAGACGACAUCACAGCAGAUGGUACAGACGAAACCCAUGCGACCGAAGCUUUAA